CGUUCAAAACGCCCUCCUUUUCCUCCUUUUCCCCUUCGCUUUCUCAUUAUCUUUAUCUUCCCCAAUUUCCCAUCUAAUCUAUUCAUUCUCCGGGCGAUCUCUUCCUUGCGAUCGCUCUCAAUGUUUUGAUCCUUUUGGUUCCUUUAAUAUCCCCGUGGGGUUGGGGGAAAGUUGGGUUUUUUAAUUUAUUUAUAUAUAUAUUUUUUUGGGGGAUAGAUAGUGAGGACUGUUGAUGAUCUUUUGAAUUGGUGGAUCUGGAUCUGUUGCUGUUCUGGUUUCAGUUUCUGAUGAUUAGAUAGCGUUUGGCACACCAGCUAAACCAGCAAGUUCCAUGAUGAUUCAUUCAGUGGUGACCAAUAUAGUUGAUGCUAAAGCAGAAUAUAUUGAAAUAACCAGUUAUUAUGGUUCUUAUUGUAUUGUGAAUUGUUGCUUCAGAGGUAAGUGGGAAUAGUUGCACUAAAAUUUUCUUUAAGUGUCUGAAUAUGACCAAGAACUCAAACAAUAUUGUGGUAAUGUGGUGAUGGUCAAGUAGCGGAAGGAACUUCAUGAAGCUUGACAAGGUUGUGCACAUGUGAAGGGAACAUCUAACAUUUUUGUGUACUAAAUUAUCAUGUGGAAUUUAAUGGCUUCUAAUUAGUAUUACUUAGAGAUGCAGGAUGUGCUUAAGUUCAAAGUUGGCAAGAAUACCAUAUAAAUAUGUUAGAGGAUACAUGUUUACGGAGUACCUGAAACAAGGCUUUGGUGCAUAACAAACUGAUUUCAAUUUUAGUUGUUGCAUAUAUGAUUAACUUUUUAUUUAUGCCAGGUUCUGCAAGUUCAGGUCACUUUGCGAAGGCAUUGCAUGUGGAUGAAUUUUAAUUAUGCCUUAGUACUCCCAUACUAUCAGAGGGGAGAACAACAAUAGUCCUAGUGCAAAGACAAAGGAUUUCCUGAGGCCUUUGAAUUUAACUCUGUCAUGGAUCAGCAAACCUACUGUAAUACAGUGUUUCAUAAUCCAGUGGAGUCACAGGAUAUUCCAGAUUAUUUAUUUUCUUCAAACAGUGCAAAUACAUCAUAUGAAAAUCUGACUACUCAAGGUUCUACCAGCUUGAGCAUCUGGCAUUCUGGUGAACCUAGCUCUAGUGGGCACUCAGUUAACUAUUGUCACUGUGAUGGACCCAAACAGGAACAUAUGUGGCCAUCUUCUAUGAACAUUGAUGAAGAAAGUCCGGCGUUGGAAGAAAGAGAUUUUCAAGCCACUGGCCCACUCUCUUUGGAAAGAGUAAAUAUAAAUCUUAAUAGCAAUCAUGUAGUUGAUGCAGAUUCAUUUUUACAAGAUCCCAACUCUGGCGAUGUUCCUCAAAGUUCAGAUAUGGAUGUUCGUCAUAACACUACGACAAGUCCAGCUUCAGAAACAGAGCCAAGGUCUCUUCCUUACAAUACAGUUUUAAUGCAAUCUGCUUAUUUGCCAUCCACAAGCAGGACACCAAAUCCCUCUGGAAGUUCUUCUGGAUGCCCAGGAAUAGUAUUAGAUGAUAGUGAUAGCAGAUCAGAAGCUUCAUUAGAUAGCCGAAGGUUGUCUUGCAAGAGAAAGAACAUUGAAGGUGUUUCAGGUCAGGCUUCAUCAAGUGGUAAUGCAGGUUUCCCCUUCCACAAUGAAAACAGUUCACUGCAUUCUGUUUCUGCGCCUCAUAAUGUGGCAACUGUUAUAAACAUCUCUGGUUCUUCUACUGAAGCAGCUGGUUCAAAUCCUUCUGAAGUUCAGUCAACUGAAAGGUCCAGUGCUAUUGUGCGAGGUACUGUAUCUGAGAGAUAUCCCAUUUCUGUAGGACGGGUGGAGAACUCAGUAAGAAAUUUCCGAAUGAGGUUCAACCCUACACAUCAGCAUGAUAUCUGCCCAUCUAAUAUACCGACCACUGGUGUUACCAUUAGACAGUCUAAUGUUUGGUCCUCCCAUCAACCAUCUUCUCAUGCUGUUCCAUUGAACCACUCAGUGGAUUCUAGGCUAGCCGUCUCUGGCUCAAGUUCACAACCACAGCAUCAACUCUCAAUGCUAAAUAGAUUAACCCCUGAUGUGCACUCUAGCCAAUGGAAUGGAGAUGCCAAUUCAAGAGUAGGCAGCCAACCUAGUACUGGUGAUUCAGGGGAGCGAUUGAAUUCUUCAGGAGAGGAAGUUCGCUCAAGAAGCAUUCAUGGAAACAGUAUUUCAGGGCAUUCUCUGCUUGCUUACCCAUAUGAUAUCAGGCAGACAGGACAAGAUCCAACACAUCUGCAUAUAGGUAAUGUAAGCUCUAAUGUUCCUCAAAAUACUUUGCCUGCUUCAAGAGCUGGCACAAGUUCAGGAACUCAUUCACCAGUUGGGGCAACUUGGGUGCCUCAGCACAUUCUCCAUGGUCAGCAACAGCUAUUGGAGGCAGUGCGUAGGCCUCCUCACCUUGGCAGUUCUGUACGUGGAGAACGAAGUAAUAUUGUACCUGCGCAUCCUUCUAGUCAUUUGGUAAGCUCACAUGAAACAAACCAUCAUUCUGGUGUUGGUUUUCAUGGUAGCCAUCAAUCAUUGCUGAGGUCAGCUUUUUUAGCGGAAAGGCAGAAUGAUGGUGUUCUUAGUGCGCCCUUGUCAAUAAGAAAUCUUGCAGCAGUGAGAGAAAGCAGAUACAGAAUGCUAUCAGAGAUUCGCAAUGCCUUGGAUCUAAUGCGCAGGGGGGAGAAUUUGCGAUUUGAGGACGUUUUUGUACUUGACCAGUCAGCGUUCAUUGGUGGUGGUGCUGACCUGCACGACCGACAUAGAGACAUGCGACUUGAUGUGGAUAAUAUGUCAUAUGAGGAGUUAUUGGCAUUAGAAGAACGAAUAGGAAACGUAAGCACCGGACUUGGUGAGGAGAAAAUUUCAGAGUGCCUCAAGCAACGAGUAUACAUACCUUUAACGGAAUCAUCGAAUGAAAUGGAACCAUGUUGUGUGUGUCAGGAAGAGUAUGUUGAAGGAGAAGAUAUUGGGGCACUAGAAUGUGGGCAUGAUUUCCAUGCAGCUUGCAUCAAGCAAUGGCUAACGCACAAGAACUUGUGUCCCAUUUGUAAAACAACUGGCCUGGUUACAUGAAAUGGGGAAGGUUUAUGCCCUGCUAAUCUCAAUCUGAAUGGGAGGGUGAUCCUUGUUGAGUGAACAUUUUGCACUUAUCUUUUUAUUAUAUAUAUGUCCAUGACUCUGGUCAAUAAUAUUCUUGACUUAUUGCAAGUUUAUGCCU